ACCCGCCGUUCUGUUCUCUAUGUUCUGCGCACUUUGUACCGCAAAACCUGAAAAAGGCUCGCGCCAGAGCGAGGGACCGUAGCAGCGACAGAGGGAGCAGCAGAGUUCUAUCAUUUCUCUUCGUCCGCUCCCCUCGCCGGAGCUCUCCAUUUCCCCGGAAUGGUCGGAGUGCAGAGUAAGCCGGCAAAAGCUUCUCGUUUCUCGAGGCCCGAGAUUAGGCAUAUGGAGAUGUUGUUGCGGGAGGGAAAAGAUUUGUCAGAUCCAAAUUUUCACCAGAAGCUUGCCGAUGAAUUUAAUCGUGCUCCAGGUCGUGUUGAAAGUAAAACCAUACAAAUGGAGCAAGUGCAAAGAUGGUUCCUAAACAGGUUGAAGUUUCAUAAAACUGAGGAUGCUACCUCACGUAGUUCUUCAAAAGAAGUGAGUCCUGAUGGUGAGGAAAGUUUGACAAUCAAUGCAGUCCAUAGUUCUAAUUUGCCUGAAGAGGAUGGCGAGAAAGUUACUGAAGAAGUGGAAAUGGAAUUUGAGGCCAGGUCAUCUAGAGAUAUGGCGUGGUAUGAUGUCUCCACAUUUCUUGCGCAUAGGAUUCUUAGUUCUGGAGAAGUUGAAGUUCGUGUGAGAUUUGAUGGGUUUGGUCCUGAGGAAGAUGAGUGGAUUAAUGUCAGGAAGGGGGUACGGGAGCGCUCAAUACCAAUGGAGUCUUCUGAAUGCUGGAAGAUUAAAGAAGGAGACAUCGUUCUCUGUUUCCGAGAGAAAGAUGAAGCUGCUAACUACUUCGAUGCUCAUGUUAUCCAAGUUGAACGAAAGAUGCAUGACAUAAGGGGCUGCAGGUGUAUUUACUUGGUACGAUAUGAUCAUGAUCAAACUGAGGAGAGAGUUCACCUGAGUCGUUUGUGCCGCAGACCAUGAUAUUGUUCGUAUUGUACGAUCUUGUCGCGGAAGGACAUUUUGGUUUCUCACAUCAUUUUAGCUUCAUGUUUGACAAAAACCAUUGAUUGCUUUCUGCGGAUUGCAGACAUAGCUAAACGAUUCAGAUUUGUAAGGAUGCCAUACUGGAUCAUUCUUUAAUAGCAUGGUCUAAUAUGUGCAUUUUCCCUGGGAAAAAUAGCUCUUUUUGUUGUUCUUAUUAUUAUUUUUUGAUUUUUCUUUUGCACUUGUUGAUGUUAGGAUGCUUCAGUGCCUUUAAAAGUAGAUGAUUCAACUGUGGAGUUUGUUUAAA